CAUCCUCUCGAGUUGCCUUUUCUUUGGCCAAGAAUAUACGGCAGGGCGGCCCCCGCGUUGCCUAGCUUAGGCGACACGGGCGGCAGCCCACGUCCCGCCGUCAAGCAGCGCCCUCCACCGGUGCCUCCCCCUCGCCGCCGCCUGGGGCCAUCGCCGGGCAAAGCCCGUGUGCUAGAGGCGGCGGCGGGGUCUUCUCCAUCGCUCGGCGCCCUUCCUCGGGGGUCGCAGCUGGGCGCGCUCGAUCCAGAUGCGUCUGGCGCGGUGCGCAUGGUCGGGCCGACGACUGCUCGCGCGGCGGCCUCGGACUUCUCCGAUGAUGCUGUGGUGGCGGGGGCGGCCGAAUUUGGUCGGUUUCGGCCAGAUCCACGAGCAACGCGGGGCGCGGAUGCUGAGGCGCGGGCGUGGGCGGACGCGCGGGAUGGCAAGGCCGGCGCGGGGGUCUGGUGCGCGGCGGGGAUACGCGGCAGCUGCGCUUGGUCGCGGGGCGGCACGUGUGGCCACGACGGGCGGCCAGGCGUUGCCGCGCAAGGCGCGGCGAGCGCGCGCAGGGCGCGUCGCAGGCGCGGAUGGGAGGCCACGACGGGGGCUCGUGUGCAGGAAGGUCGCGGCCUGGGCGAGUGUGCGCACGGUGUUGGGCGGCGUGCUUCUGCAGCUUUGCUGGGCGGACGGCGUGGAUUUGCGGCAAGGCAAGGAUGCCGGGGCGGCGGCCCCGGAGCAAUGGUUGCAUCGGCAUGGGCUGCGGCGGCGGCUGGGGACGGUGGAUUCGGAGCGUUGUCCGCGGAUCUGACCCUGGCAAACGCGUCGUCUCUCUGUCGCAUGAGGUGCUGCAGCGGGUCGUCCCGGAAGGGCUUUGGCGGCUAACGACGGGAGGUGCUCUUCACAGCAGGCUUGGCUCCGGUGGUCUGGGUAUCCAUGGUGCCCAGAUCUGCAGGCUCACUGUUAGGAGAUGAGGGACUUGAGCGAAAGCUUUUGACGACGUCGGCGCAUGCGGGUGUCGUGACCUUCUUGGAGGCAUCGUCAUAGAGUUCCUCCUCUCCUUCCAUGUGCUUGGGCUCUCCGGGUGAGAACCUAAACUUCAGUAUUCUAGAGUGGGCGACGGCGGCGUUUUACAUUGUAACCUUCUUGGAGGCGUCGCUUUGGAGGGCCAGCCUUUGGUUGUUGUGCGGGCUCUUCCGUUUUCAUGGGUGGUGUAUGUCGGGGCGGCGGCUCCGGGAUCUUUAGUUGAGAGCCGAGGCGGCGGCCUUGGGCAGCGGUGCGGCGAUGGCCCCAGGAGGUAGGGCUGUUUGUCGACAUGGCUUGGGUGAGGACCUUGAGCUGCGUGGGUGGCAAGGUUGUCGGCUCGGUCGACGCGUCCCAGCGGGGGCGGUUGGACGGCAUGUCGGGGCGGCGGCCCCGGAUGUGGUGCGACGUUCGUGGUCUGCGUGCAGUUGUCCUGAGCAGUGCGGGCUGCGGACUGUUGUAUCGUGUGGCGUUGCUGCUCGAGGGUGAGCGGUGGCUUGUCAGGGCGGCGGCUCCGGAUGUGGUGCGACGUUCGUGGUCUGCGUGCGGUUGUCCUGAGCAGUGUGGGCUGCGGGCUGCUGUAUCGUGCGGCGUUGCUGCUCGAGGGUGAGCGGUGGCAUGUCGGGGCGGCGGCCCCGGAAGGCGGUGUCGGUUGAGUGUGCAGGGUGCAACGGAGCAGUGGAUGUCGAGGCGGCGGCCUCGGAAGAUUUGCAGCUUCGAGGGCAUGGACCUCGUGUCAUGUGGGCGACGUGGUUGUCAUCGAUGUUGUUCGUGGUGGGCUUUGCCCUGUGUGUUAGUCUUUGGGGUGGGCUUGGCCCUUGUUGUUUCGAUUUUCACCCGGUUUCCCGUAAUAAAUUGGACAAUUUUUCUUCUGCUUAA